CUCCCGAGUCUGUAGUCACGAUAGACUUUUGACGGACCAAAACUCUCACAUCAAGUAUGAGGUAGCGAAAGAAGGAAACAUUACUCCCACAAGGUUCCUGGUCCAUGACGACGGACUUUUGGCCACCCCAACCCAGUAAUCAUGAUUCCAGUUGUCACUCAUCAAACCAUGGCUAAUCAUCCUUCAAAUCCUCGAUUCGGAAUAUCCGUCGCUAUCCCCCCUCCUGGUCCCUCGCCUGGUAUCUGCCAUGCGAUCCUCGUUCGACAAAACACUUGGCGUGCCACGCCUUCAACGUCUCCCAGUAAACUGUGCGUGGCAAUGGCAUGGUGUAAUGUUGAUCUUCAGAUGCAGUUUGGCACGUGGAUAAAGACAUGUUUGGGUCAUUGUUUGCCCGCCAGCCAGCCACGUCAGAAGCCGCUCACUCUACGGACGUACCCGCGCAUCGCUCCUACGGAUACUAUCGAAAACGCAAUUCCAUUCCUGACUCGAUGGACACAGCUCGGGACGUCAUGGAAAGCCGAAUCCAUGGUUCUAUCGGGAGCUUACCGUCUUCCCGCUCAUAGCUUCCUUUCGUUUCCUUUCUUUUCGAUAUCAAACUCUGGCCCCCUUUCCACAUCAUUUCCCCCCUAGUAGCCAAGUACUCUAGAUCGGACGCUGUCUAACGGGAGCUUCCGUCCUGUCAAACCUUUUCCAUCAAUAUUGAAUCUGGAUCUAAGUCGCCAUGUUUAGUAUUCUGGCUCCCUGAACGCCUCCCAAACGCCUCCCAAACGCCUCUGGUUGAGCCUCAGCCCAACCCCGCCUCCUUGCCUCAAGAGACGUCAGAGUCUCCUAGUUCCCCCGGUGCCUGAGUCUCGGAUA